AUGAAUAUACAGUGGCACAUCAAUCCACCAGCAGCUAGCCACAGUUGUGGUGUGUGGGAUCUUAUAAUCAGGUCAAUACGACGCAUUCUUUUAUGUCUAUGCAGGGAACAGUGUUUGACCGAUGAAAAACUGAACACGCUCCUUAUACAGGCAGAACGGAUUCUAACUAACCGACCUAUAGUCCCACUUUCACCAGCCAACAACGAGUUGGAGCCGUUGGCUCAAAACAGUUUGUUGCUCAUGCGGUAUUGCCCCGCGGUACCCGGUCUCGACGGUUUGGCCCCGCGUUAUCAUACCGGUUGCGAGCAGGUCAUUUAUCUCGCUGGCAUCUUCUUUCUUCGUUGGAUAAGGGAGUAUCUGCCAAGGUUGCAUGUGCGUACUAAGUGGCUCAGAGCAACUCAAGGAUCGAAACGAAAAGACUUAGUUCUGGUCUCUGGUGAGGAUCUGUCUCGGUAUGCUUGGUUUAUGGAGCGAAAACCGGAAGUGGAUGAGGUGACGCCGCUGACGCGGCGGUACGCAAUGAAUGCCUAA